GCGUGCUUCGCGUUACGAUCUUUGCCUCGAAGAAAGAGAGAAAACAGCGGACGAGUUCACACGUUUUCCAGUAAAGUCUCACAUAUGCCGUAAUUUCGCACUCAAAAUGAAUGAGAUCUAUAAUGAAAAUGAGGGCCUAGUGGGAAGUGACAACAACAGUGAGAAUGACAACACCGAAGUUGAUAUACACAUUUCUGUAAGUAGUAUCAGUGAUGCUGAAGGCAAAGCUGGUGACGAAGUCUGGAAAAUGCCGAGCGAGCUAGUUACAGCUGCCCGGCCUGGAGAGGAGGCCCCAACUGCUCAAGGUUGCAGAAGUGUCAGCUUUUCAAAAGGGGGCAGACAACCAAAGAAUGCCUGCAACAAGAAAGGGGGCGACGAAAACAAAGUUAUUCCUGCCGAUAAAUCUGGAGGAAGCCAAGGGAAGAACCACCAACAGGGUAAUCAGAAUGCAAGUAGUCAGAAGAACUGUAGUAAGAACAGUAAUGAAGAUGCUGUAAACCCUCAAUAUGGCAAAUGUAAGACUAUUGAAAAUCAGGGCACCAAUGGUAACAAGAAUAUCCUACCCCAGCCCAACAAGAAUGGCAAAAGCAUUCCAAACCAACAGAACAGAAAUAAUGCAACUCAACCAAAUGGCAAGCACAUAGCAAACCAGCAACACAAUAACAGAAGCAAUGACAACCAGCAAAACAAGAACAACAACAACAAUAGCAGCAAUAACAACAACAAAAACAAAGAUACCAAGAAGAAGAAGGAUGAAGGGGGUGGCUCUGGCAUGUUUGCACAGCUGAAGUCCAUCCUCUCCCCACUCGUCAGGAGAGAUGACGGCACUCCAGAGAUUGUGGACAGUUUUGUGCUCAGGAUGCACUACUCCCUCGGGAUGUCAGUGUUCGUCUUGGCAUUCAGCAUUGUACAGGCAAACUGGUUUACCAAAGAGGCUAUUCACUGUGUUUUUGGAUACAAUGCUGACAGGACAGUGAAUCCAGCUAUCAAAAACACCUGUCUCUCAUAUCCAUAUACUUGUCAGCCCCCAAGAGAAACGGUGUAUGGCGGAGAAGACUGCCCGCGGCGAUACCUGAUGUUCUACCGGUGGAUCCACUUCAGUUUCUUGGCAUUGGCUGGCAUUUUUUACCUUCCAAGAAUGGUUGCGAAGAAGACGAACCACUCUCCUCUGAAGAAGUUGCUCUCUAUUCUCAUUUCUAUGGAAGAAAGAUAUGAUGACUCUGCUUUUGAAUAUGGAGUAAGCAAGAUGGUGACUUACUUUGAAAACCAUUUCUCAGUGCAUGGCUCACUCUACACUAGACUUGUCAUGUGUCAUGUUAUUGCAGUAGUCAUAGAUGUUGGUUCUUUCAUCUACCUUGAUUUCUUCAUGCAGGAAAACUUUAUUGGAUUGAUAUACAAGUCUUAUCCAUUCCAUCGAAAUCCAAGGAAUUUCUUUGAUAAUUUGUACCAGGUGUUUCCACCAUUUGUGUUCUGCACUAUAAAUGAAUACAAUUUAAUCAACAAUGCAAGAGUUGAUGUACUGCAUUGCCACUUGAUGCUUAUGGAACUCUAUGAGAAAGUGUUUGUAGUACUUUGGGUACUGUUGGCCUUUCUAAUGGUGAUUGCAGUAGUUUCGUUGGUUGUGUUAUUGCUUAUUGUAUUGCCUCCUUUCAAUAGAGUUUUUCUGUUUACAUUCACAACAUCCGAAAGGGUUAGGAAAAUAAAAAGAAAAGUACACUGCAUCUUUGGGUACGGGGAUUUGCAUGUGAUGAGUAUGAUGAAAAGUCACGUGAGUGAGGGACAGUUCAUCACAUUCCUUUCACAACUUGUUGAGAAUCCUCGCUUGAAAUUCAAUGCAAUGUUUCCAAGCGAGAAAGAUGGACUGAUAAUAAGAAAUGAUAUGGAGGAUAUCAACUCCAUAACUGCACCACUUAGUCGUCACGAACCCAGUCACUACCUGCCACCAGGAACUCUGCAGCCAGACGCUGUCUUAACCCUGCCAAAUGAUUCUCUUCUGCCAGAUCUCCAUUGCCAAAAUGGUAGUUGCACUCAGGGCCAUACCUCCUCCACUCCAAAACCUAAAUCACGACUCCUGCCUCCUUUUUUUAAAAAGUGAAAAAAAUGGCUGACCUGUAUCCAAUCAUUGAGAUCACACCAUGAAUUGAUGAUUAAGUGUAAGAAGAAGUUUGUAAAAGAAUAUAGGAAAGGUAUAUUCUAAGUGAACUAGGCCUCAUGAUAUACAUAUUAUAUGAUAAAGUACAAAUUAUGAGUAGAGUGGCAAAAAUCAGGUGCCUGUUUAUAUUAAUUUCCAGAAAGUUUGACAAGCUACAUUCCAUACUUUGUUAAUUCAUAUUGAUUUAGUAUACAAGUAAGUUUAUUUCAGGUUUAAUUUUAUUUUCAGAAUUCAUUAGCUUACAUUAUUGUCCUCAAUGAAAUUUGGAUUGUUCAGAUAAUUAAUUUUGUGUUUAAUAGAAAAUCUUGUACACUUUGAGUUUGGUGAAGGACUAAAUCUUAGAUAUACUCCAUAAUACAUUUGGAGAAUAUCAAUUUAAUUUUGCAGUCACUACCCAUCCUAUGAGAUAAAACAUCUUAAGAUUGCAUUUGUUAAUAUUUACUUAAGUAUCCCAAAAGCUUUCAUACCAUGAAAAUAGAAGCUGUUUUGCUAUAUAUUUUGCUUUUGUAGAUUUGUUGUUUCUAAAGAAUAUCAUUAUAUAAGCCAAGAAGAGAACUUGCAAUUCCUCCAGUUUGUCAGUGUUUUGCUGUUUUUUAUUUCAAUAUGUUGGAGAUUAUUUUUGUUCUUUAGAUUUACGAUCAAAUUUAGAACUUACUUUAAAACAAAGAUUUAUGUACUCUUAUAAUAAACCCAAGGUAAAUAACCAAGAUAAAUAUAAACCUUAUAAACCA